AUGGGUGCCAGCCAGCGGAAGUCGCCAAAGUCUGAAAAGGAGGUCGGGCAGCCAGCGACUUCAACUUCAGCAUCAUCAGCAACGCCAUCAAAAUUGGCCAAAUUCACUGAUGGCGCUUCAGAUGAGUUCCAAUUUGGCGGCUCGCUGGGAGCUACGGGAGUCAUGCUGGGCUCUCCGCUGAUAAUGUGGUAUAUGUGGAUUGGCGCAACAUACUACAACGGCGCGUUCCCCUGGCCUGAAGCCGGCCAGAGCUGGACGGACUUUGCCCUCCAUCUCGUCCAUCUGGUGUACGAAGGCGGCUACCCCACGGCGAAGGCAUGGGCUAUCUACUGGGUUUUCUUCAUUGCUGAAGCCCUGAUGUACUGCUACAUGCCGGGAGUGUCGAGCCAUGGACGACCCCUGAGGCACGAAGGUGGCCUUAGGUUGCCUUACUACUGCUCUGCAUACUGCUCGUUCUACGCGACUCUGGUGGCAGCGACGGUCCUGCAUGUCACCGGUCUGUUCCCGCUGUACACGCUGAUCGACGAGUUUGGCUCUAUCAUGACUGUUGCCAUUCUGUCGGGUUUUAUCAACAGUGUCAUCGUCUAUGUCCAGGCGCUGGUGCGAGGCCGGACUCACCGGCUCACUGGACAUCCUGUCUAUGAUUUCUUUAUGGGCGCUGAACUGAACCCCCGUAUUGGUAUCUUGGACUUUAAGAUGUUUUACGAGGUCCGGAUUCCGUGGUUUAUUUUGUUCCUUAUCACUUGCUCCGUGGCUGCUCGCCAGUACGAGACUUACGGCUAUGUUGCACCCGAAGUAGUCUUUUUGGCUGUUGCUCAUUAUCUGUACGCCAACGCCUGCGCCAAAGCAGAGCAGAUGAUCAUUACUAGCUGGGACAUGUACUUUGAGAAUCUGGGCUGGAUGCUCACUUUUUGGAACAUGGCCGGUGUACCGUUUACCUACUGCCACUGUGCCUUGUACAUGGCCAACAACCAUCCAUCUGAGUACCGCUGGAGCCCCAUUGCCCUGUCUGUUCUCGGUGUCUUCUAUCUCUUCAUGUACUGGAUGUGGGACAGCGCCAACGGACAGAAGAACGCUUUCCGUCACAGGGAAAGGGGGCAGCUUAUCAAACGCAAUACAUUCCCGCAGGUACCCUGGCAGGCUCUUGAGAACCCCAAAACUAUCAAGACAGAGGUGGGAGACCAUCUGCUUAUCGAUGGUUGGUUCGGAAUCAUCCGCAAGCCAAACUACGUUCCGGACAUGUUCUUCUCCUUCACCUGGGGUCUACUCACCGGCUUUAAGAGUCCCUUCCCCUGGUUCUACUUUGUCUUCUUCAUGAUUAUGAUCAUUCACCGCACCCUACGAGACAUUGAUAGAUGCAGACGGAAGUACGGUGAUGCUUGGAAGGAGUACGAGAAGACUGUUCCUUACAUUUUCAUCCCCUAUGUCAUCUAG